AUGGUAUCAACUAUUGAUAAAAUCUUAUCAUUAGUUAGAAAAACAAUAUAUUCCGGCGGCAGUGACGGUUUUGCUACAACAGCAAAAGAAAAUUCAGCCGGUGUUGGACAAUCAAUGAUUCUUAGAAAUGAGAGCAAUGAAAACGAGGAAAUGAUUAAGGACGAACGAGUUUUGAAAGUGACACCAGUUCAAAAGGUUGUUUCGUUAUAG